CUAAAAUAAAACAUGGAAAGAACAAUUUAUAGUACUUAAACAAAAAAAAUGGAAAAGAUGGCUAAAAUGCUUGACACCUUCCCAAAGAACAAAACCAUACUGUGGUAUAAAAAUCUUAGAUUUUCCAUCUUUACAUCAAACUACUCUCAAACCACAAAACUCUCGUAAUAGAAAACAUUUUCAUCGCAUUUUCCUUAUAUUUGUUGAAGUUAAUGCAGCCUGAACACUGAGAUACUCUUGCUCAAUAACACCACAAUAUCAGGAGUCUAAACAGCACUUAACUUAUUUGCUGUCAUAAAAAAGAAGAAAAAUACUCAAAAGACUUUCAUUCCUAAAUACUCUAUAUAGAAAUUUUCUUAAGUUGCUUACACAUAAAAGUAGGAUCUAAAAUCUCAUAAAUUAGCAGCACAGUGUUUGCUUCUUGUCAUUUUAAACAGAGCAGAUUGAAAAUGGCAGGUUUCAGGGCACUACUACUUCUGGCCUUAACCCUGAAUGUAAGUUUUGCAGUUCUCGGAAGAAGAACUAAAGGUGAUGUUGGUGUCUGCUAUGGGCUCGUUGGAGACAAUCUACCCUCUCCAAAGGAUGUGGUCAGUCUCUAUAAACGGCACAACAUCCGGAAGAUGAGGAUAUUUGAGCCAUAUCCAGAAGUGCUUGAAGCUCUAAGAGGGAGCAAUAUCGACCUCACAUUGGGUGUUAAGAAUACUGAUAUACCAACUCUUGCAUCGAGUGAAGAUGCAGCUAAUUCGUGGUUCAUUAGCAAUGUUCAUCCUUAUGUCAAUGACAUCCGGAUAACAUACAUCAGUGUUGGUAAUGAGGUUAUACCAGGAGAGUUUAGCGAUUCUAUUUUGCCUGCCAUGCAGAAUCUGCAGAAUGUCCUCAGGAGCAAUAAUCUCGGUACAAGGACAACCACAGUGGUACAUUCAGCAGUGCUAGGAACUUCUUUCCCACCCUCAGCAGCUACAUUUUCAGAUAGCGCUCGCCCCUUUAUCAGCGGAAUUAUACAAUUUCUAUCAUCACAAAAGUCCCCACUGUUGGUUAAUCUCUACCCUUAUUUUCCCUAUGCUGCAGACCCGGAAAACAUAAGACUAGACUAUGCACAAUUCAGGACAACUGAACCACUGAUCAAGGAUGGAGCUCUGAGGUACUCCAACCUCCUUGAUGCCAUGCUUGAUGGUUUCUUCUCGGCAAUGGAGAAAGAGGGUGUCAAUGAUGUUAACAUCAUAAUAUCUGAGACUGGUUGGCCCCAUGAUGGGAAUGGCAAUAUCACAACUCCAGGUCUUGCGGCUACUUACAACCGAAAUUUCAUACAUCAUGUUAAUGACUUUGAAGGGACUCCAAAGAGGCCAGCGGCAUUACUAGAAGGAUUCAUUUUUGCUAUGUUCGACGAAGAUUUGAAGGAUCCUGGUGUUGAGCAACAUUGGGGACUUUUCAGCCCCAACAUGCAACCAAAUUACAAUAUAUUUGGUUGAACUAAAAAUUUUGUGAGAGACUAUGCAAAAGAAUAUG